UACACGGCUAAUAUUUGCUAGACAGGAAAAGACGCGAACUGGCCAUUGUUGGUUAAAAUUACCAGUUCCGUUACAUUAAUUUUGUGAUAAGUAAGGUACAGAGCAACUGUUGUCAUUUGGUCAUCGUGAUAAAAGGAUGGAAAAAAUACAUACUUUUGAUGAAAAUGAAAUCACCUUUCACAACUUCGAUGUACAUGUUUCAAAGGUCCAAGCUGGACAUAUGUCGUCGGUUGCAACACUUAUUGAAUACUUCAAAGAACCCAUAAGUGAAGACAAAUAUAAAGAAAUUUACAUGACACGUGCGUUUCUCGUCUGGAUGACCCAUAUGAGCGCUAAAGAAAUGAAAGACUUACCAGAUGAAAUAGAUGUUCUUCUUAAAGACCAUCCAGCAACUGCUUUUGCUACACUAUGCAAGUCAGCAAAUAUUCAACACCAAAUCAUACAUGGUAUUGGAAAGAAUAUUGGAUAUAUUCCUGGCCAAACAGAUGGAGACGGCGGUUUAAUAAAAACAGCCUGGCUAGCAUUCAAGUCAAAUGACCGUUGGCACCUUGUUGAUCCACAAAGAUUUCUUGGUGCCGUCAGAGGAUUCAGACGCGGAGAUGAAAUACUUCUGGAAUAUCAAGGCAAAACGGUUCUGGAGGAGCAAACGGCAACAUCGGGAACAAAACUUAUAUAUGUCAUCGACUUUUGGUUUUGUCUACAUCCCAGCAUAUUCGUAAUAACCCUCCUCCCAGACGACCCGGAAUGGCAACUACUUCCACCCGAGAAACGUAUGACCAAAUCGGACUUCAUUUCUUUUCCUUUUCUAAGCCCAAACUUCUUCACUGCUAAGCUCCAACUACUGAGCGAGCAGACAUGCGUCCUGCAUACUAAAAAUGGUAGAUGUACAGUUACAUUUGGAGCAGACAAAUCCAAUGCCAGAUUUAUAUCCAUGAGUUACAAGCUUUCUCUGAGAAAAGGUACAGGAAAUUUGACAGGGGUCGAUGUGCAGGAUUUACCUCUCUUGGUCAUGUAUGCACCGAGCAUUGACACGUUCUCUUUUAAUAUUCGAUUUCCAGUUGCGGCAGAAUAUAUUUUUAAAACGUUUGUAACCGCUCCUGGUAUAGAUGGAGAUGGCUAUCAGAUCUGUUCGGUGUUCAGAAUAAUUUGCUCGGAACCUGACCCGAAUUGCAAAAACCUGCCAUUGGACGUCGGCAGUAUCGGAUACGGAUUCGGAUAUAAAGCUGUUGAUUUUGGCCUCAAAAGUCCAUCUAUAACCCAAACGAACGUCGUUGUUAAAUGCAGCGAAAAUGAUGACGUAUUGAUGAAAGAACUUACCUUUCAAAUAGAAGAUGAUAAGAUAGAUGAAAUUGAAUUUUCCUCUGACAUUGUCGGAGAAGAAAACAAGGAAAAUGUUGUCACGGAGACACACGUUGACGAGGUGUCCGGUAAGUUACACGUGAAGGCUGGAAUAAAGAAGGAAGGGGAAUAUGCAUUGUCAAUAAUUGCAAGAGAUAAGCAAAACGGUCAGCGUUAUAGCAGAAUUAUAAACUAUCUGCUCACAACGAAGUCUUUUGAGGAGGACUACGACCUUCAACUGCGAUCGAAAAAAAGGAAGAGGGAUUUGACCCUUGGAUCUAGAAGGCAAGAAUUACUUGACAAGAAGAAUGCACUUUCUGAAAGAAUCAAAGCAAUAGAAAGUGAAAUAGAUCAUCUGAAAAAGUUCUACAAGGAAAACAGAAAUAACAAAAGAACACAAACAGAGGAGGUUUCCAUGGAAAGCCAGUUAGCAACUGAAACAAAAGCAACUCAGACUGAUGAACUUCUAUGCGUUAACGGUGAAGCAACGCAAACUGAUAUAGUCACAACAUUGGUGUCAGACAAAGAGACGCAAUGUGAAGAAAUACAAAGUGACGUUAAUAGAACAACAGAGACAACAUCAGACGACACUAAGAUAUUUGUUUUAAAGGCCGUUGAAAAAGAUGGAAACAUUGUUAUCAUUGCAGAAAAAUCAGAAGGUGAGCAAGAAAUUGAACCAAUCCCAGCCGUUCAGAAGUCAAGAACCUGUGCAGUUCUGUAAAUUGGAAUAAGUGAUACCAUAAACUAUCUAAUAACCAUGUGAAAAUAGUCGCUUUAGGACAAGUGUGUAGUUACGUUCGUGAAUGUUUUAUUUAGAGUUUUUAAUUGCACUGAACUCUCCUGUUAUUUCUUUUAUUUUAUGUAACCAUAUUAUAAAGUUUAUUGAAGAAAUAAUCACAAGCCUGCUCUUUUCAGCCCAAUGAUAUCUGUAAAUUUAGGACAUAAGGAAUUUUCUUAUCAAUUACAAACAUAACUCCCUAAUUUUAGAAACGUAUUAUUGCAAGAAUCGAAACCUUUGAUUCAUUUAAUGUCCCGAAACUAUAUGCCAGGGUCGCGGAAGAUUCACAGUUCGUAAGUUCAGUAAUUACCAUAUCCAAUGAGACAUUUAGAAGAAAACUAAGGACGUUCAAAAAUUUCUAAAGAUGCGUUAUUCGAACCAGCUAUGCUAUUCUGUUGCUUAAUUGUGUCAUAUGUUUCCGAAGGAUUUUCUGUAAUACAUUAGGAGCAUUUUGAUAUAUUAAUGUAGUAAAUAGGCAACACGGGAUCGUACGGCGGAAUUUGUAGUUCCUUCAAAACUUCCUGAUGAAAGAAUAUCUCACAUCACACGUAAGUAUCUUUUGAACAAUUUGUGACUGAUAUUUAAUGAGACAAGAGCUCCCGCUAGAUAAGGAUAAGAGGAUGAAGAGGUAAAAGUUGAAGAUUUUUUUUAAUGUGUGUGCGUCACGGUCGGGAUGCAAUAUCACGGGGAUUGAGCGGGGGAGUGGGUGUGCGGCGGUGUUGAUGGAACACAUAGGCAAAAAGAAAUUAGUAUGUAUUUUAGGGGAUAUCAAUGCGUGCGGUUGGGGCCUUGGAAGUGGGAGAGGGAGUAAUAAGAACUUGCAAAUUGACCUUGUACUUUGACUUACCAGCCAAAUUCAUUUGCACUGCAAAUUAUCUCGACGUAACCUAUCUAUAUAAUAAGUUUUAAGUCAAUAUUCUGAGUUGUUAUUCAAUUUUGCUCUGGUCACAAAAUAUGAUGAAGCUUAUUUUCUGUUACCUUGACCUUUGAGUAACAACUUGGUUAAUGCUAAGGCACAAGUAUAUAUUUUUGUGUCUUUUUUAGGUUGUGGUGGCUGGGGUUGGGGGAUUAUGUGAGAGGUCGGGUCGGGGAGAAAUGUGUUGCACUCCUCAAAAAUAAAAGUAAGUUUUAAAGGGGGAUAUAUGGCGGAAGGGAAAGCGGGGUGAGAUAGGGAUUGUUGCAGUCCUCUGAUCAACUCAUCACCACCAGCAUAUAUUCCAAGUUCAAAAUCAAUACCUAGAAUAGAUUUGAAGUUGUGCUUCUAACACAAGAUACAAAGGACAGAUUCGAACCGAACUCUUUGUGACCUUGAUAUUGUCCUACCGACCAAGUCCAUGCGCUCUGUACAUUGUCUCAUUACCCCUUACCUAUAUGCCACGUUUGAAUGGUUAUUACGUUAUGCACUUGACACAAAUAUGACCGACAUAUUUGACCUUGCUGCGGACUUACACUUUGACCUACAGGCCUGGUUCAUGCACUCUGCACAUCGUCUCUUCACCACCAUUUGACAUUUGAGAUCCAUUUGUGACCUUGACGUUUUACAUACAGGCCUGGUUCAAGCGCACAUAUCAUCAUCUCAUCGCCACCAAUCUAUAUGCAAAGUGACUGAGUUAUACUCCGUACAGGAAUUAUAACGAACAGACGGACAGAUAGACGCAAACGCCAUCACACUUUUUUCAAAACGGGCGUAAUGAAAUGCGACACAUAAAAUAUUUAUGUAUGGAUAUAUGUAAUACAGUACUAUGCAUAAGUUUGAAUGUAGACAACAUAUAAAUUCAUUUUCCGACGGAGCACGAAAAUGCCAGCGGGUGCUUAUUUUGAUCAUGAGAGUAAUAAAAAUGGUCAAUGACAUGUAUGAAACUUCAACAUAUAUAAAAUAGAUAUUGAUAUCUGAGAUAUUUUUGAUCCAGUUCUUUGCCAUCUAAUAUGAUGUCAUACACUAUCGCUACUUGUUCUUGGUCACGAUCGAUUAAUUGUUUACAUUAUAGUGUGCAUUCAACAAUCUACUUUGCCCCCAACGAUAACGUGAAGUUUACAAACAUAACUAUAAGUAGAUUAAAAUGAAGCAUAGGGAAUUCAACAUUUUUGUAACUGGUCAAAAUGAAGCCGACUUUAUAACAUUCAGAUCGAAGUUUAGUAGCAUCAAAACCGCAAUAUACCCUGAAUAUAAUUGGACCAAAAUGUGGACCAAAAUGACAGAUGCAUAUAAAUAUUAAAAUAUAUCCUGUCCGAUAGUAGCUAAUUUAAUACCUUGUUUACAAUUUUAAAAGGCUUGCCAAUAUCAAGUGUUUAUCAAAUUUCAUUUAUUGUGCAAUUUACAAUGUACUGUAUCCUGCUAUGAAGUAUAUAUAGAUACUUGUUGAAUCAAUUUAUUUUUCAUUUAGUCUUCUAACUUUCAAGUAGUUGAAAAGGAGUAAACACUUUUAAGAAUAUGAAUAUGUUGUUGGUUUCAUGCUGCAUCUUGCUAGUCAUAGCAAAUGUGGCACUGUGCUGUGAGGAAGGUAAAAAUUGUACGCUUUCAAGUGGGCAAGAAGGGAUGUGUUUUGUUGGUGAAUGCCUUACACAUAUUGCCGAAGAAACAAGAGAGAACCUAACCUUUACAAUCACUGUUAAAUAUCCAGAACAUCAGUUUCACGAUCCUAAUAACACAGGCAUCUUUAUCCGCGGUAACGGCCUUGGUCUGCAGUGGGACAAUGGCACAGAACUAUUAAAGACAGGCAAGAAUACAUGGGAAAUAAUCAUCGCUUACAAAUCAUCUAUUAAUGGAUUCAAAUGUCAAAAUUGCACACCACAACAUUUUCAGUAUCUUCCUGGCAACAAGCUUCAGUACCGUUUGUUCAUUGAUAACAGGAAGGAUAUGCUUGGUGCAAAUUUUGCUAUUUUAUUUCCAGUUUCUCAGACGUCUUCAUAUUUUGACAAAAGGACCAAGUUUGUUGUAUAUCCUAGAUUCAAUGAAUAUACCGGCUCACUUCAAACUUUCUUAUUUCAUCGGCAAGACAAGAAAAAUGACUAUUUAUACUCCUCCAAGUUUCAGAGAAAAUCCAUUCAAAACUUAUCCGACUUUGAUCGUUUUCGAUUUAAGUUUCGAGUAUGCUAUUUUUUUCAAACAAAACUUUGAACAACCAAUUUUACAUUCAAAGUCGGAAGAGUAUAUUUUGAUCGGAUUUGGUGACUAUAAAGAUAACGAAAAAGAAAGGGAACAUUUAUUAUCGCCUGUACCAGGUCCAUCUUACGAUUGUAUAAAUGGCACCUAUGCCGAUUACUGUGAUGGGUGUAUACCUGAGAAUGCAACUGACGCGGAGUACUUGAGGUAUCUUAUUGAAACCUGUGGGAAACGGGUUAUGUUUCGAGGACAAGGUGAUGCAACGCUAGAUUUUUUAACCAAAGAAGCACUUCCAAAGGCUGAAUCUUUAUUGAGAAAUAGAAUAGAAAGGGAUAGAUUAGGUAUUAUGGGUUAUUCACUUGGUGGGUUGAUAUCUUGCUAUGCUGCAUGGACACGUCCGGAAGUGUUUUCAUUCGCAGCUUGUCAGUCACCCUCUUUUUGGUGGCCAAACAGCAACAAGAGUCUUUCAGAUCCGCAGUUCCAUUUCAUCAACAAAACAUUAAAAGACCCUUCUUUCCUAGCAAAUCUCACUGAUCAGAAAUAUUACAUUGACGUCGGUGGGGCUGAAACUGAUGCCCCAUUUAAUAUGGCACAAGCUGCGGUCGAAGUCGGACAGUAUAUUUCCGGUUUAGAACAUUUCAGGUUAGAUACAAAUGUCUGGAUAGACGUGGAUCCGUAUAAAACUCACAACUAUAAAGAGUGGGUAAAGCGUAUGGGACAGGCACUCAUAACCCUUCUUCCGGCAAGUGGAGAACAAGGCAUGCCUACUCCAGUUACAAGUCAAGCCAGCGUGCCAAUUAGUUCCCUUCUGUGUCUGAUGGUGAUGUGUGUAUUUGUAAUUUAAUGCGUUGUUAUAUAUGUUUUGUUUUGUAUGGUAUUUAGCAAGAUUACUUUGUUAAUAAAACAACGAGAAGCUACCGUUUCAACAAAUACUUUAGGAGUACGUACUGGAAAAAUACGGAUAGCCGGUUGAACUUGACUUGAUACAAAAGCUGUUCUUUUGUCACAUGAUUUUCUCUGCAGCAGAAACAUAAAUAGUAUAAAGAGUUCAUCAAAAAUUAUGCGAAAAGAUUUUUUGUGUUUAUAGAUUUGUAUAUAAGAAAGAAAAUAUAGGUUCAAAUGGUUACAAGCAACUGACAGUAUUACUCAAACUAAUGUCACAUCUUUUGAUGAUUGUUGUAAUGGGUUUUCGAAUGUUGUAAAUACGGUUUUAUAUUUAGCAGAUUAUAGAUUAUUUUUGCAAAUAAUCAUUUGACUCAUAGUUUUAACAAAGACACUUGAUUUUUGUUACCAUGUAGAUAAGUAAGGAAAGACCUUGUAAUAUAUAAUAAUAUAAAGAUUACUUCAGUGUAUAAUAUGAAACGUAUCUAGAGCUGACCGUGUUAAUAUAUAAAUCAUUUUAACAGGGAAAGGAUGUCAUCACAUUCAUUACUUGUACAUUCUGGUUUUUAAAGUAUAAAUAGAACUGAUAUAGGUGACUAUACUAGGCCAAGUGUGUUAGAUUUUAUAGAACUGUUUGCAUGUAAUGAUAAGAUGCUCUUUUACUAUUCCAGCAUUUUUUUUUGUCUCACUUUUAUAACAAAUGUUGACUAAAAGUCUAUGUAUUCUGUCCUCCUCAGUUUUGAAAUUUGAUUUGUAUAUCUACUUUUUAUUUUUAUUGUGUUUUCUAUGUUUACAAUUACAUAUAUGUUAUGUUUCUUCAUGUAUAUGACUAUAUGAAAAUGGUAAACGUGUAAAAGA